AUUCGCUCUCCAUUUCCGCGUCUCGACGUCGUUCCAAAACCCUUUCUCUCUCCUCUUCCUCCGCCGUCGAUGGCCGCAUCCGAGGAGAACCUCCGGCGAGCUCUGGCGGAGAAGCAAGCCUCAGUUGACGCCCAAGCCGAGACCGUACGCGCUCUCAAGUCCAGUCCUGACGCCCAUCAGGCCGAGGUCGACGCCGCCGUCGAGGCCCUCAAAGCGCUCAAGGUGGAAGCGGGCGCCGCUGCCCGCCGCCUUGAAGCGGCCAUCUCCAGCAACACAGAUGGGGCCUCUUCUGGAAGCAGGGAAGCUUUCCGUCAGGCCGUCGUCAAUACCCUCGAGCGGAGGCUCUUCUACAUUCCAUCCUUCAAGAUCUACCGCGGUGUGGCUGGGCUCUACGACUACGGGCCUCCCGGAUGCGCCGUCAAGUCUAAUGUGCUCGCCUUUUGGCGCCAGCAUUUUGUUCUGGAGGAGAACAUGCUGGAGGUUGAUUGCCCAUGUGUCACACCUGAGAUUGUCCUCAAAGCAUCUGGGCAUGUCGAAAAGUUUACAGACCUGAUGGUGAAAGAUGAGAAGACAGGGAUGUGCUACCGGGCUGACCACUUACUCAAGGAUUUUUGCAAGGAGAAGCUUGAGAAGGACCUUACGUUGUCCUCUGAGAAGGCCUCAGAGCUCAAGCAUGUCCUAGCAGUGUUGGAUGACCUUUCCGCUGAGGAAUUGGGAGCAAAGCUGAAGGAGUAUGGGAUCACAGCUCCUGAUACAAAAAAUCUUCUCUCUGAUCCUUAUCCAUUCAAUCUUAUGUUCCAAACCUCCAUCGGGCCAUCUGGCCUGAGCCCAGGGUAUAUGCGGCCAGAGACAGCACAAGGAAUCUUUGUGAACUUUAAAGACUUGUACUAUUAUAAUGGGAAUAAGCUUCCUUUUGCAGCUGCUCAGAUUGGUCAGGCAUUCAGAAAUGAGAUUUCCCCUCGCCAAGGUCUUCUAAGGGUUCGAGAAUUCACUCUAGCAGAGAUUGAGCAUUUUGUAGAUCCUAAUGACAAGUCUCACCCCAAGUUUGGUGAUGUCGCCGAGUUGGAAUUUUUUAUGUUCCCUAGGGAGGAGCAGCUAGCAGGUAAAUCAGCACAGCCUAUGGUUCUUGGUGAGGCAGUUUCAAAGGGAAUUGUCAACAAUGAAACACUUGGUUACUUCAUAGGGAGGGUAUACCUCUUUUUAACACUGCUUGGGAUUGAUAAAGAACGAUUACGCUUCAGGCAACACCUGCCAAAUGAGAUGGCUCACUAUGCUGCUGACUGUUGGGAUGCAGAGAUAGAGUGUUCCUAUGGAUGGAUUGAAUGCGUGGGGAUUGCUGAUAGAUCUGCUUAUGACUUACGGGCUCACUCAGAGAAAAGUGGUGUUCCUUUGGUUGCUCACGAGAAAUUCCCUGAACCUAGAGAGGUUGAGAAACUUGUUAUUGUACCAUCAAAGAAAGAACUUGGUCUCGCAUUCAAGGGCAACCAAAAGAUGGUGGUUGAAGCAUUGGAGGCCAUGAGUGAAGAAGAAGCACUGGAAAUGAAAGCCACUUUGGAAUCUAAAGGCGAAAUGGAUUUCCAUAUAUGCACCAUUGGGAAAACUGUUUCCAUUACAAAGAAGAUGGUAUCUAUCAGCAUGGAAAAGAAGAAAGAACACCAAAGGGUCUUCACGCCUUCGGUUAUUGAGCCAUCUUUCGGAAUUGGACGGAUAAUUUACUGUCUUUUUGAGCAUUCUUUUUACACAAGGCCUAGCAAAGCAGAAGAUGAGCAGUUGAAUGUGUUCCGUUUUCCUCCUCUUGUUGCUCCUAUCAAAUGCACUGUCUUCCCUUUGAUCAAAUCCCAAAAGUUCGAUGAUGUUGCCAAAAUCAUUGCCAAGUCUCUUACGGCAACUGGGAUUUCACAUAUCAUAGACAUAACAGGUACCUCAAUAGGGAAGAGGUAUGCUAGGACAGAUGAGAUUGGAGUACCACUUGCCAUUACUGUUGAUUCGACGACAAGUGUAACUAUCCGUGACAGGGAUAGUAAGCAGCAGAUCCGUAUCGGCAUUGAUGAGGUGGCUUCAGUCGUGAAAGAGGUAACAGACGGCGAAAGCACGUGGGGGGAUGUAAUGUGGAGAUACCCAACCCAUUCAGUUCUACAUACUGAAGAUGAAUGAGCAACUGAGGAACAACAUACUUGGAUUGAUGAACAAUUCAUUCGCCUUGCGGACACUUGCAGUUUAUUAGACUAAGGAGAUAUAAUUGUCAGUGAAACUUGGACAUAACUUUGUUGUAUGAGUUUCCAGUUUCCACAUGGUUUGGCUUCUUUAUUUAUCAAAACCUGUACUGUUAUUUUCAGAAGUUUUGACUUUAGUAGUGUGAAUUUUGAGUGUUUUUUA